AUGUGCAUUUCUUCGGGGAAAAAUAAUGGUUUCGACAAACAAUUGUCGUGCAAAAUAAAUGGCGUCGAUACGGAAUUUGUUUUUCAUGCCUUUGCCAAUAAAUGGUUUUUGCUGAUCACUCAGUAUGGCCGGGUGCCAAAUAUGUACAGUGUACAAUUUGAUUUGAAGCGAAAUGAUGGAGCACCACUGGCCAUACAGGGACCCAUAAAUCAUCCACAAUUUCAUAUGUCGGUGCCGAUAACAAUUGCCUGUAAUUUUGGAGCGGAUCGUGAUGAAACCCGUAGUGGUAUUCAAUUUCUGGUGAAUCGAUCGAAAUUGAAUAAUUGCCCGCAUGAAUUUAUGAUUGGUCUGGGUGUCAGGGAGCUGAAUGGUGAAACAUUGCGUGAAAUUGCAAAGGUGCUGGAUGAAAUAAUUGUAUGA